AUGUCAUCUGUCCAUACGAUCCCCACUAGUCACCACCACCCUCAGAAUAAUAAUAAUAAUAAUCAUAAUAAUCAUCAUCAUCAUCAUCAUAAUAAUGGAGAAUCUCAACAACAACAACAAGUAGUAGAAGGAGAAGGAGGAGUAUUAAAUACGAUGGAGUAUCAACAACUCUUGUCAGCAUUAGAUGCCUCUCAGCGGCUUGCGGUGUGUGAAGAUACAUCGACACCACUUCUCAUUCUCGCCGGUGCGGGCAGUGGAAAGACUCUUACGAUGGCCAGUCGUAUUGCCUACAUGCUUCUCCACGGUGUGGCUGCGGAGAAUAUUCUCGGUCUCUGUUUCUCACGGCAGGCCGCAGAAGCCCUGCGGGAACGUGUCGCUGCCGUUUUGCCAUCUUCCAUGUCUACAGCUGUGCGGCGAUUGAAAUUAAAAACAUUUCACGCCUUUGGAUUGGAGUGUUUGCGGCGGCAUGGUUGUAUAGAUCUCUCUACAGAAGUGUAUGAUGCCCGUCGACAGCGGGAAUUGGCAGCGGCGGUGGUGGAAUCUCACGCCGUUCAUUAUAAAGGAAUAGAGGCCGUAUUAGGAUUGAUUGAGUAUGUGAAUAAGGCAAAGACUAAGAAAGAUAUGCGGGCAGGUGUAGAGAUGGAUCCAUCACGACAAUCUGCUUAUCUUUUUAGAUUCUAUCAGAUGAUGUUGCAUGAACAACAUCAUGCGGUAGACUUUGGAGAUCUUGAACAAAUGUUUCUGGAAGCCUUACGACCUGUUAUUAAACCCAUAGAAGAGAGUACAGAUAAUAAUAAUAGUAAUAGUAAUAGUAAUAGUAAUAUGAGUGCAAAUACCAUUACCCCACGUUUACCCUCCACAGUAGCUUUACACCUUCGUUCCACCUAUACACAUAUUGUAGUGGAUGAGUUUCAAGACUUGAAUGAAGUUCAAUUAGAAUGUCUGGCACUUCUUGCAGGAGAUGUGUGCCGAGUAACAUGUGUGGGUGAUCCCAAUCAAUGUAUUUACACUUGGCGAGGAGCCACCACCAAUAGUUUUGAUCGCUGGCGUAGUCGAUUUCCACAGACCAAACUUGUAAGGUUAGAAACCAACUAUCGCAGUUCUGCAGAAAUUGUAAAUGCGGUGAAUGAAGUUACUCAACUCACUCAACAGAGUUUUAGAGGACAAUGUGGUCGUCGUAUUAUGUUAAUACGAUGUGUACAUGCCUGGGAAGAAUUAUGCCUCUUACCGCGAGUAAUAGAAGAACUCCUACGUACACGAGAUCGUGGAUUACAAUAUAGUGAAAUUGCCAUUUUAUGCCGUACGCGUCGACGGGUAAGAGAAGUUAUUCAAACAUUAGAAAGAGAACAAAUCCCUGUAUGUGAGUUACGCCGUAGUAAACCAAAUGCCACUACACUAGUAAGAGCCAUGUUAUCUUAUUUACGUCUAUGUGUACAUCCACACUCUAAUUUAGAUGUGGAAUGUGUUCUUCGCGAUGCUCCUCAUCAUUUCACAGCAGCAGCAGCCACUAAAUUUAUUUUUGCCUUACAAGCCGAAUCCCUUCAACGACAACGAAUGUUGGGAACAAAAGCCCUACAAAAGGCAGAGAGUCAUAUUAAUUAUUCCCAUUAUACCAUUUUACGAGAAUUAGUUCAUAAUGGAUUUGCCCAUGUACAUGAACGAUUACGAACAACAAAAUCUCAACAGAAAAUGCUGCGAACAUUUAUUGAAGUGACAACAGCCGCACAUGAUGCACUUGGGCGUAAAUACUGCGAUGUGGAAGAAGUAGUGCGUACCGUUGCGGAACGGGCAGGAUUUGAUGAGGGUAAUACCACUGGUGUAAAGAUUAGACAUCGUAUCACUAAUCAUAAUAAUAAUCAUAAUCAUCAUAGUAAUAGUAAUAUGAAUACGGCUGUUAAACGAGAACGUUUUUCUUCUUCUUCUACUGUACGGCCAUCAUCAAUAUCAUCAUCUAUGCGGCGGUCUGCCGGUGUAUGGGAUGAUGAUCAUGAUAUCGAUGAGGAUGAGAACGAAGAUGCAUCUAGUAUGUCCAUUACACAAUUAUUGGUGGAAGCCUGUCGUGCUGUUCAACAACAGGUAUUAGCAGAGAAAAACACUACUAGUACUAUUAAUAAUAAUAAUAAUAAUAAUAGUAAUAAUAGUGAAGAGUCUAUAGUGCGGGAUGAUGCCUAUACAAUUCUACAGCGAGUUAUUGAUGAAUUCCUCGCGCUUCUCCCAACAGAUGACUUUGGUCCUUUAAAACAGGGAUUCACAACUACAACUACAACUACAGAAACAACAACAACAACAGCAACAGGCCCAGCCGCUAUUACAGUAACGACAGUCCAUCAAGCAAAGGGAAAAGAAUGGCCUGCGGUGAUUGUGCCUGGUUGUUAUGUUGGGGAAUUUCCAAUUGAUGUUCGCAGUGCGGAAGAGAAAAGAGUCUUUUACGUGGCGAUGAGUCGAGCCAUGCGAGAUCUUGUCUUUUUAACAGCUGAACGUGGACCCGCUGCUGGACGCGGUGUGGAUAAUAAUAAUAAUAAUAUCAAUAAUAAUGAUGGGGAUAGUGAGGAACAGCCUCUGCAAAUAACACCAUAUUUAUCUUCUAUUCUUCCUCAUAUGGAAACUAUACGAAUGUCUUAUCUUGAACAAGCACAAGAAGAGGGAAAAGAAGAAGAGAAACAAGUAAAAAUGAAAAGAGAGAAGGAAGGAGAAACUAUGGUAUAA